UUGCCAAAUUGAUAAUGUUCAAAUGUUGUGCCGCCCUGACUUUGAGUCGCUUUCGCUGCUCGAAUUUGAGAUUUUGUUGUGGCAAUCAGUUGAGGUUGAGUGACAUAACUAAAGUUUGGCUCACACCGCUGCCGAAGAACUCACAAUGGAUUAAACCAUACCGGAUGCACUACAUUGAAAAUGGACGCAGGAAGAGUCGAGAUAUUUUUAAAAUUCUGGAUAGUGUGUUGGUAAUCGUAUAUAAUGUUUCUCGAAAGAAGCUCAUUUAUGUGCGCCAAUUCAGACCGGCGGUGUAUCAUUCUAUAACAACGGGUAACAGCCUUCAAAUACAAAAGGGAGAAGUUGAUUUGGUCAAGUUUCCACCUGAAUUGGGCUUCACUUUGGAGCCGAUUGCUGGAGUGGUUGACAAAGAUAAAAGCUUGGCUGACAUUGCACGAGAAGAGGUGUGCGAGGAAUGUGGCUAUGAUGUUCCCACUGACUGCCUGGAGUUCGUCAUGAAUUUCAGAUCCGGCGUUGGCGCCUCGAGCAGCACAAUAACAAUGUUCUACUGUGAAGUUUGUGAUGCCCAAAAAGUGUCUGAAGGCGGGGGAAUUGAGAAUGAAGUCAUACAGGUUGUGGAUCUGUCAAUCAAUGAUGCUAGAGGCCUAGUCCAAACAGGCUCAACAAUCAAUUCUGGCUCAAGCACUGUGAUAGCUACACUUUGGUUUUUGUGCAAUAAAAUAUAAGUAUAAAUAUUUGAAU